CAUUACUUGAAAACGACAUUUAAUUGUCUCUGAGUUGGUCUCCACUUUCAAUCCCUUUGUAUUCAAUUGUUUUAGUAUUUAUUCAUUUCUUAUUCACUGAUUGAACACUGAUUUUAAAUCAUAUUGUAUUGUAUUAGUCAUUAAUUGCAUUGAGUGGAGGAUCUGAUAAUUGAGACAAUGAUGGCAACUGUGGUGAAGAGAGCGCUCACAAACAUCUCAAAUGUGAACCAAACUGUUGACCCAAACGCUAAUAAACCGCUGAAACGGACACUGAAUUCGUCCCAUAAUUACUGUCUGAAGAAGAAGAAUAAGUCGUUGAAUGACGAGAACGACAACCAAUCGGUUCCGCAGACUCACCAC